AUGACCAGAAUGUCAGUAUCGCGUCUGCCCCACAACAAAAGAAGAACAGAGAAGAUGGCCUGUUCUCUUCUCUGUCAUUCGGAAAAUUUCGGUUGCAAGUGGGUCACGCAUCCCAAGCACCGGCAAGCAGGAAGAAUGACGACCUCCCACCCACUCCACCCCCGCCCCACUCCUCAUCCCUCUUAAUUCUUUUAUCGAAGUGAUCAGGAGUAUAUAUGAAGCGUCCAUGCAUGUCUCUCACUCUCCAAAUGAGUAAAUUCGAUCCCUAUCUUCUUCCUUUUAUCUUUACAGAAUUAGGAUACACGUACCCACCCUUGAGAUUGGACAGUUGGAGAUAGAAUGAAGAAGCUGAAUCUGGUGCUCAAAAGGUGCAAGACACUGUCCCGACAACUGGGCAGGACUUCGUCCUACAGUAGCCUGAGGUCCAAGUCCUCCGCUGGAGAUCAUCAAGCUGAUGAUCAUAUGUGGGGUUCUGCUGCCCACAUGGUACUGGCACAGGAUGAUCGCGAAAAACGAGAUGCUAGCACAAAUCACGAGGAUUGUGAGACAGUGGUGGUAUUUGUUGGGAGUUCGAGAAGGCGGUUCCUGGUUAAGUCCAAGUACCUGAGCCACCCAUUGUUGAAGGCUAUCAUUCAAAAAUCCAACAAGAAUCCAGCAGGUGAGGAUUUGUCUGUCAAAUGCGAAGUGGUUCUCUUUGAUCACCUCUUAUGGAUGCUUGACAAUGCCGAUCCAAAUCUCGCUUCCGACACUCUGUCUUUGGAGGAACUUGCUGAUCUCUACGUGUUUUAGUUCUGAAAUUUGAGAUUAUGAAGGUGUUGAUAUUGAACGAUUAUCAAUGCAUUUGGUCUCUACCCUGUAGUAUAGAUGAUGGAUGAUAAAUUAGUCAUGCAUAAUUCGCUUACAUCACUUGUAAUUGUCCUAAUCUCUAUUGUCAUUGAAUUGAUGAUUCAAAGGAUCAAGAAAUCAAUAAAGACUCGCGAUUUUAUGUAA